AUGACCAGCAAUCCAUACGAGUUGGCGCCUGGCCACGUUCUAUUCAAGCCGAAGAACAAGUCUCGGUACUGCACGGUCGCUACUCUGAAAGACAAUGAGGGCGGCUUCAGUGAAGACGAUGUACGCGACUUCAUUCAAUUCAGUCAUCAAGGUCUGUUCAAAAAGCUCAAAGGACUGCCUAUUCCGUCCGAUCACGUCGAAGAGCCUGCAGAUCUUGGCUAUGCUCAUCUUACCGCUGCCGAAUCCGUUCUCACCAUGAGCGCGUCCAUGCAGCUCCCCGAUGGUCGCCCCCGUCGUGGGCAGCAAACACCAAAGACAAAGGUCUACCUUGAUCGCACUCUCGAGUCGCAGCACAAGCGCCAUAUCGAGUCUUUUGUUCUAAGCGGGCAGCUGAUCCUUCUUCGCAAGGUACGCAAGCCUGGAACGCUCAUCAUAUGCUCUGCGCCAAGCUGUCAGCAUGCCGUAGGAGCUGGAUCAUUCUACAUCAGCCUGACCGGCCUGGACCAGCAAGAAAUCCACUAUGGUCUGGAAUGCCUAGAGAUCCUGUUCACGGAUAAGCCGACCACGAUGGGCCGAGCCAAGAGAGUCUUCAACCACUUCGCUCUGGACGGCGUUCUCGACGAUGACGUGUUUAUGCCGCACAAUCUCCCAUCCAACUCACUCGAAAGCCGUAUGCUUCGUCAGGAGAAGUUGGACGAGAUCCAAGAUGUCAUCAAGGAAGACCUGCAACACGAGCUUUCACGAUCAAUGGCCGCCGACUACACCAUCGACAACGACAGCCUUCUGCUGCAACGUCCUGCAAACCUCGAACCUCUCCGCGCACGCUACAAGAAGCAAGGCUUGACUGGAUACGAUCAACAUCUCGCUGCACGUGGCGGCAAGGCGUCUCAGGAUCAAGACCAUCAAUCAAGUGCAGAUGUUCCGCCAACAGCAGGCACCUUUCCUGUCGAUGACGGACUGGAUCUCAUCUGCUAUUGCCGAGAGCCAGUAGGCGAUGAAUACGUCGUACAGUGCUGUCACGAGCUCUGUCUCAUUGGGCGUUUCCACAUCAAGUGCUGCAAUGAGGAGGACUUCGAUAUAUACACUGGGGACUUCUAUUGCGAGUUCUGUGCCAACCUCGCCUGUUCAAAUCCAGAAGACGAGAGCACUGGUGAGCUACUUGCUGGAGCUACGUCAGAUGCUCUGGCGAUCGAAGCUACGGAGAUGUUGCCAGUCAACGACCAUUACCUCGCAGAAGGCGUCCCUGAAGUCAGCGAAGAACAACUCGAAACACCUUCCGAUGAGUCGCCUCGCACUCCAUCAACUCCUCGUACCCCUAAUCAGCAACUGAGCGUCGAUGUGAGCCACCUGUCGUCGCCAUAUUCUGGCUCGCCCACCCGAUUCGUCACCAUCAACUCUCGUCCAGUUCGACAAGAUGGAUCACCCACACGUACAGGCCUGGACGGUAUCUUCGAGGAUAAGCCCAAAGUCAUCGGUGCACUGGAGUCCACUGCCAAUAAUAACGGCUCUUCUCCGAUCACAUUCAUGGAUUUCGCCCCGUUCAUUACCUACGAAGCAAUGCCAAGUUCGACCGGGCUGCACGAGAACGAGAUCAUGAGACUCGAGGGCUGGCGCUAUUGUAUGCCGAGGAGCAAGCUCCUGUCGAGGCUGCCCCACGACAUGUUCAUCAAUGUUCUCAAUGCCGCCUACGCGCCGAGAACUGAUAUCAAGAUCGCUGCAGAACAGUGGAUCAACACGAUGGUGCACUUUGGUGGCAGAAAGCGAGUCGUCUUCGACAAGCUCAGCAAAUGGCUCAAGUACUAG